GAUUGAAUCCAUCCUUUUCUCGAACCUCCUGCGUCUAUUCUGUUCUAUUCUAUUCUGCAACCUCUAAACGUGAUUCUUCAACUUCAGCUACGCAAUUUUGUCUUGUCGCCGCAGCCCUUUGCUUGCUCAAAGCUUUCAUCUUUAAUUCUUUCCGUCAUUCCCCAUCCCCACCACUUUUCUCUUCUUCCUUCUUCUUUUCACACUAGCCACAAACUUUCUGGUUGUCCAUUUCCCCACUUCCCCACUUGAUGAAACAUUAAAAAUCCCACACCUGGGUUCUGUGAUUGGUUCAUCAGACUUCCGCCGCCGAAAAGGUUAGUUCUUAGUUGGGUAACUUAGCACUUCCUUCCCAAUUCGUAAACUCUCUCACCAAUUUUUCACUUUUUGCUCGAAUGGCUUCAAACCCACCAGCUGCCAUAGAAAUGGGUAAAUUAAGUUCUGUCCUUUUUGCAAGUCCCUGCUUCUUUGUUUAGCAGAAUGGGAAGGGAAAGCAUUUACCUUCGAGCACGUUAAUUAAACAGUUAUGUAUCUCUCUGGUCUUUUGGUUCGCGUGGAUUUCAAGUUUCUCACUUUGUUCUUCUGUCCUCGUAAUUUGCCUCUCUCUCUUGAAAGCUGAAAUGCCAUCUGCACUAGAUUCUCCCCCCUUUUUAUUAAUUACUUAAGAAGGGUGUCAAUGGUCCUCCACAAUAUUUCCCCCCAUGUUGAGUACUUGAGUUCUCUUCACCGUGUGUGUAAAUGGUUGGUGUUUCACGUGGGUUGUUUCAAGAAAGCCGAAUUUUGCCUGCCUAUAUUUAGGAAAGAGGCCCUCAGUUUGCAUAAUGGGGGUUGUAGAUUGCUCUUUAUUUGAAUUGAGAAUCUGAUCCUUGUUUCUGCUAGCUACCCUGUCAUUCUUUUGACGCCUAAGCUGGAUUUUUCCUUCUUCGGUAUCUUUCCCAUUGAGUGGGAACUUGAAACCUAAUGGCCUAAAAUAUCAAACUUUGAAAUGGGAUGGUUCAAAAAAUCUGGUUUGUUGGCUGAAUGUUUGCCAAGGUUUGUGCUUCCUCUUAUGUGUCUGCCCAUACGCAAAGCAUGGGCACUUGGAGAUCAUAGUGGCAUUCUUGGCUUCAAAUGAAGACAACUUGCUCUCUUCUGCUCGUGUUCCUCUUCUUUAGACUAUUCCCUGGUGGCCACAGUGGAAAUGGUACCUCCAGGCCUGCUGUAGUAAAUAUUGGAGCCCUUUUCACAUUUGAGUCCUCCAUUGGAAGAGUUGCUAAUAUUGCCAUCGGGGAAGCUGUCAAAGAUGUGAAUGCAAAUUCCAGCAUCUUACCGAGAACCAUACUGAAAGUGCAGAUGCAGAACACCAAUUGCAGUGGGUUCGUAGGCAUGGUUGAAGCUCUGCAGUUCAUGGAGACUGACACUGUCGCCAUCAUUGGUCCACAAUCUUCUGUAGUCGCCCAUAUCAUUUCCCAUGUAGCAAACGAGCUCCAAGUUCCCCUCCUCUCAUUUGCAGCAACUGACCCAACUCUCAACUCGCUUCAGUUCCCCUUCUUCAUUAGAACCACGCACAGUGACACUUACCAAAUGGCUGCAGUGGCCGAGAUGGUGGAUUUCUAUAACUGGAAGCAAGUAACUGCUAUCUACAUCGAUGAUGACUAUGGAAGAAAUGGCCUUUCAGCUCUAGGCGAUAAGCUUGCUGAGAGGCGGUGCAAAAUCUCCUACAAAGUGGGAAUCCCUCCUGAAUCUGGUGCUAACUCAAGUGACACAAUGGACCUUCUUGUCAAGGUUGCAAUGAUGGAAUCUCGGGUCAUUGUUCUUCAUGUCUAUCCUCAAAAGGGCUUCGAGAUCUUCUCCAUGGCGAAUUAUUUGGGAAUGAUGGGGAAUGGGUAUGUAUGGAUAGCAACAGAUUGGCUUUCUUCUGUGCUUGAUUCUACACCACUUGAUUCUGAUACUAUGGAGAAGAUACAAGGAGUCCUUGUUCUUCGCCAGCAUACUGCAGAUUCAGAUCGAAAGAAGGCAUUUAUCUCUAGGUGGAACAGUGGUGGCUUUCCUGGGCUGAACUCCUAUGGCCUGUUUGCUUAUGAUUCUGUGUGGCUUGUUGCUCAAGCCAUCGACAAGUUCUUCAACCAAGGUGGGGUCAUCUCAUUUUCUAAUGACUCAAGGUUGAGUGCAGGAGGAGACAGUAACCUUCACUUGGAUGCAAUGAGCAUUUUCAACGAUGGGAAGCUUCUCCUGAAAAACAUACUGCAGGGCGAUUUUGUUGGUCUGGCUGGUCGUAUCAAGUUCGAAUCGGAUCGAUCUCUGGUCCUUCCAGCUUAUGAUGUGAUUAAUGUGGUUGGGACUGGGUUUAGAAGGGUUGGUUACUGGUCAAAUUAUUCUGGUUUGUCAACUGUCACUCCUGAGACACUUUACACGAGUCCACCGAAUCGUUCGAGUGCUGACCAGCAGCUGUAUAGUGUGAUUUGGCCCGGUGAGACAUCUGUAAAGCCUCGUGGAUGGGUUUUCCCCAAUAAUGGGAAGCAAUUGAGGAUUGGUGUGCCUAUUCGAGUUAGCUACAAGGAGUUUGUGUCGCCAGUCAGAGGAACAUCAGACAAGUUCCAAGGAUUUUGUAUAGAUGUUUUCACUGCUGCUUUGAACUUGUUGCAGUAUCCUGUUCCGUAUCAGUUUGUUCCUGUUGGAGAUGGGAAGAAGAACCCCAGCUACACAGAUAUAGUGAAUUCAGUCUACACAGGAGUUCUUGACGCUGCUAUUGGUGACAUUGCCAUUGUUACAAACAGAACAAAGAUAGUAGACUUCUCUCAGCCUUAUGUGGCAUCUGGGCUGGUUGUGGUGGUUCCAUUCAGGAAGUUGAACACAGGGGCAUGGGCUUUCCUUAGGCCCUUCAGUCCCAUCAUGUGGAUCGUCACUGGUUGUUUCUUCCUUGCUGUUGGCAUUGUUGUGUGGAUACUGGAGCACAGGAUCAAUGACGAAUUCAGAGGCCCUCCGAAAAGACAGAUCAUUACUGUUUUGUGGUUCAGCUUCUCAACUUUGUUUUUCGCCCACAGAGAGAACACAGUGAGCACACUUGGGCGGAUGGUGCUGUUAAUAUGGCUCUUUGUGGUUCUCAUAAUCAACUCCAGCUACACAGCAAGCCUGACAUCAAUCCUCACAGUGCAACAGCUCUUUUCUCCAAUCAAAGGAAUCGAAAGCUUGAAGGAAGGCGAUGACCCUAUAGGAUAUCAAACAGGUUCCUUUGCUGAAUACUAUCUAGGAGAGGAGCUACGCAUACCAAAGUCUCGGCUAAUUGAACUUGGCUCACCUGAAGAAUAUGCUGCAGCCCUCCAAAAGGGUCCCAAGAAUGGAGGAGUUGCUGCAAUUGUUGAUGAACGCCCCUAUGUAGAACUCUUCCUCGCAUCUCAAUGCACGUUCCGAAUCGUGGGUCAAGAGUUUACCAAAAGUGGUUGGGGAUUUGCAUUUCCGCGUGACUCCCCACUGGCUGUUGACAUAUCAACCGCGAUCCUGGAGCUAUCGGAGAACGGGGAUCUCCAAAGGAUCCAUGAUAAGUGGCUGGUGGGGUCCAGUUGCAGUUCGGAGACUUCAGAGAUUGAAUCAGACAGGCUCCAUCUCAAGAGCUUUGUCGGCCUUUUCUUGAUAUGUGGGGUGGCAUGCUUUGUAGCUCUUGUCAUAUACUUUGUGCAGGUUAUCAGGAAACUUUAUAGAACUGAGCCUAAUGAAGCUCUGGAGUCCGGUCAGGGUAGCUCGUCGCGUUCUCGAAGUAUUCAUCGUCUGUUGUCGAUAAUGGAUGAGAAGAAAGACACUUCCAAGAAGGGUAGGAGUAGUAAGAGGAGGAAGUUGGAGACUUCACUAUCUGAUAAUAGCAGGCUGGGUGAGUUUGAGAAGAAUGAGAGGAGAGAAAUGGAAAUGGAGAUAUCAAGAAGGAACAUGAAUGGAAAUGGGAUUAGUCCCGAGUAAGAGUCGAAUUUUUACAGUCAAUCAACAGCAAAAUAUAUAUAUUGAUUAUGUAUAGAAAUUGGUAUUGAAGGGUCUCAAAGAGGAGGCUGCUUAUCAGUAUCAUUAUGUAAAGAAAUUGUUAACGUAAUGGAAAGGAACUCAGAACCUUCGAAUCACCUUAAUCGUUUGUUAAAUUCAG